GCGCCGGGCUAAGUGGAAGGAAGACGCGAAGGCUCGGCGUGAGCUCAGAGUGGGGAGGUCGCCCCAGGAGGCCCCUGGAGCAGGGCUGCCCGUGCGCGCAGAGCCACAGGAAGUCGCCUGUCUGGGUUGGCACCGCCGGCCCGGAGGAGCCUCUGUGCCCACGCACGUCGGUGGGUCGCGGCGGGUGUGCCCUGGAGGGUGCCUGCGCGUGUGGCCUUCCCGCCAGGGGAUGCUGGCCCUGGGGGCGGGGGACACCGACCUGCAGCCCUGGGGGGCCCCGCCCCGGGAAAGGUCCCUCACUCUGCAGGGUGGAUGGGUAGAGAGGCUGGGGUCAGAGGAGCGGUCUCGCUCUCUCUCGGGUUGUUUCUAGGAUGCCCCGUCUCCGCAGACGUGUCUGGGGAGGCCAUGCCACUCCCCACUUCCCUUCCCAGAAACUACCCCGGCAGCCCUGAGCCGGCACAGGUGGCGGUCCCGGCACCUGCGCUCUGUCGUCCGCCAACCCUGCCACCUGCCUGCCUUAAGGUCGGGGGACGGUCGGCCAGGGCUGCCCCCACUUUUCCAUCUGGAGCCGGGAAGCUUGGAGGACCAUGAACGGUACCUGUCACUCCAGUGAGCUCACCUGGCCCUACUGGGUCAAGAACAUCGUGGACGCCUACGUGGGCCUGCUGCUGGCGCUGGGGCUGCUGCUCAACGGCCUGGCGCUGUGGGUGUUCUGCUGCCGCGUGCGGCGGUGGACGGAGACGCACAUCUACAUGGCCAACCUGGCCGUGGCCGACCUCUGCCUGCUCUGCGCGCUGCCCUUCUUCCUGUAUUCCCUGAAGCGGAGAACCGAGGACACGCUGUUCUGCCAGCUCUCCCAGGGCGUCUACCUGACGAACAGGUACAUGAGCAUCAGCCUGGUGACGGCCAUCGCCGUGGACCGCUACGUGGCCCUGCGGCACCCGCUGCGCGCCCCCGCCCUCCGCUCCCCGCGGCAGGCCGUGGCCGUGUGCGCGGCGCUCUGGGCGCUGGUGACGGGCUCGCUGGUGCUCCGGUGGGCCCUGGGGGUGCGGGAGGGCGGCUUCUGCUUCCUGAGCACCUCCCGGCACAGCUCCAACACCACGGCCUUCUCCCUGCUGGGCUUCUACCUGCCGCUGGCCGUCCUGCUCUUCUGCUCCCUGCAGGUGGUCGCGGCCCUGGGCCAGGGGCCGGCCGCCCACACGGACCAGGCAGAGGCCACCCGGAGGGCCACCCGCAUGGUCUGGGCGAACCUGGUCGUGUUCGUGGCCUGCUUCCUGCCCUUACACGUGGUGCUGGCGGUGCACGUGGCCGCGAGCCACAGCGCCCCCGCCCCCGCCCUCUGCUACGCCCUCUACGUCACCAGCAAGCUCUCAGAUGCCAACUGCUGCCUGGACGCCAUCUGCUACUACUUCAUGGCCAAGGAGUUCCAGGAGGAGGCGGCGGCACUGGCCUCCAUGCCCACUGCCAAGGCCCACAGGAGCCGGGACUCUUUCUCUGUGACCCUGGCCUAGGACGCAAGUCGCGGGCACGCGGGCCAGGUCCCGGGCUCUCCGGGAGGUGCUGUCUGCUGGGGGCGCCCCGGCUCACCGUGGAUGGGGGCAGGCUCCAGGGGGCCUGGCAGGGUGGCGACGACCCAGGCACGGACCCUGCGGUGGUGACGCGCCCAUCCCCGGGGUGGAAGAGGGUGGGAGGACUGGGCGAGGUCAACCCCUGGGGCCCUGAGAUCGGGCCAACACCUGCAGUGCCCAGGGUGUGGUACCCCUGGGGUACUGGGGUGGACGCUUGCCCUGUGCCUGGAGGCUUCAAUGGCCAGCUUUCUGCAGCCAACCUACAGCGGUUGGAAUAAAGCUGUUCCCCUGA